AUGAAGGAUGCGCGUAUCCGGGACAAGUUAGCGGAUGAAAAGGGGGUUCUUUGCUUCGAGAUGGAGGCGGCCGGUUUAAUGAACCAUUUCCCGUGCCUAGUGAUCCGCGGGAUAUGCGACUACUCCGACUCGCACAAGAACAAGGAUUGGCAAGGAUAUGCGGCAAUGAUGGCAGCGGCGUAUGCGAAGGAUCUUCUGCGCCAGAUCCCGUCUAAUAAGGUCGAGGAAGAGAGGAGGAUUGGCGAAGUGGUUAAUUCACUCCAAGAGGGCCUGGGAUGCCUACACCAGACGACGAAUGAGACCAAAGCUGAGGUCGAAACUAUGAGACGCAAUCAUCACCUCGCUGAAGUUGAGAGAUGGCUCCGCCCACCCGACGCAUCGACUAACUUCAAUGAAGCGAGAAGAAAAUGGCACGAAGGGUCUGGGCUAUGGUUCCUCGAUAGCCCUGCCUUCGAUGAGUGGAAGUGUGGAUCACAUCAUCUGUGGCUUCACGGCUUAGCAGGAUGUGGCAAAACUGUCCUUAGUGCGACGAUAGUGGAUCAUCUCCAGAAGAGCAACGAUUGCAUAGUCCUGCAAUUCUACUUCGAUUUCAACGACACUUCGAAACAGAAGGUGGACGGCGUGUUGCGCUCUCUUGUCUUUCAGCUCUACAAAUUAGGAUCUAAUUCUAAGGAGCUUGACAGCCUAUACCAAUCCCACUUCGACUACCAGAGACAGCCAGACAAUCCAAGUUUAACAAAAACACUCCAUGCAAUGAUGGAGGACUCGAAAAAUACUUAUCUAGUCAUGGAUGCACUAGACGAGUGCACAGAGAGAGGGGAACUGCUCCAGUGGAUGAUGGAAUUCUUCAAAGCGCCCGACCUAGGCCAUGUUCGUAUGAUCGCCACUGGCCGGCCAGAUGAAGAGUUUCUGAGACGCAUUCCCGGUUGGAUAGGCAAAAACAACUGUUUGCAACUCGACAAAGAGGCUGUCAACGCCGACAUACGCUCCUAUGUCACGGCAAAGCUUGAGCAGAGUCCCGAUUUCUUGGAAAAGGAACUGUCUCAGGAUCUUCGCGAACGGAUUCGGAAUGAAGUCGGAGAUAGGGCUGACGGGAUGUUCAGAUGGGCAGCAUGUCAAUUGGCCAGCCUUGCAAAAUGUAUGAGUCCCAGGGAUAUCGAAACAGCUCUUAAGACUUUGCCCGGGGAUCUCAAUGAGACAUAUCAGCGCAUGCUCCAAAACAUACCAGCAAACCUUAAGAAGGAUGCUAUACGUCUCCUACAAUUCCUUGUCCACGGCAAGCGGCCGUUGACGCUACACGAGGCCGUAGAGGUAAUAGCCACACAGACGGAUGAGGAGCCACGAGGCUUCGACCUAAAGCGCAGGCUUUUUCGCGGUGACGAUAUUCUACAGUACUGCCCCAGUCUAGUGUCAGUUAUUGAUGUCUUAGCUUAUAACGGGGCUAGAAAAGAGCUCCACCUUGCCCAUUUCUCAGUCAAAGAGUAUCUUCUGAAGGAAGGGCAGUUUGGUCUACCUCUUGCUAGCAUUGUCAUUACCAGGACUUGUUUGACAUACCUUACGGAUAUUGAGGGUAGAUGGUGGGAAAUUGAGAGAUUUGCGAUGGCGCAAUAUGCGGCGAAGUAUUGGAUGGACUAUGCCGCUUUAGCGGAAAGAUCAGAAGACGUUGUUCAAAUAAGUAUCAAGUUUUUACAGGACGAGUCGACUUUUCAGCGGUGGGUUCAGCUGUACCAGGCGCACAAUAUGCUGACCAGAGCACCGGGUCCUCGACAAGAAUUGAGACUCUAUUAUGCUUGCCUGGGUGGACUUGUAGCAGUCUCAAGAGCCUUGAUAGACGGAGACGCCGAUGUCAACGCGCAGGGCGGCUAUUACGGUAACGCUCUCGAGGCUGCUGCAUAUGGAGACCACCGAGAUAUUGUUCAACUUUUGCUGGACAGGGGUGCCGAUGUCAACGCACAGGGCGGCUAUUACGACAAUGCUCUUUACGCUGCUGUAAAUGGAAGCCACCGAGAUAUUGUUCAACUUUUGCUGGACAGGGGUGCCGAUACUACAGCUCUCGAUACAAACGUAUGGCACCACUUAUUUACUUGGCUCUAG